AUGGAACGCACCGGCGGUGGAGGAGGCGGGGGUGGCGGUGGUGGUGGCGGCGGCGGGAGUGGUGGAGGGACGCCCGGUGGUGGAGGGCCGACCCCGGGCUCGAUGGACACUAUGAGCGACUCCACCGGCCUGUGCCUGCAGGACCUGGUCGGUGGCAGUAACGGUGGUAACGCGAGCGGCGUGGGCGUCAACGGUGGAGGUGGCGGCGGAGGCGGCGGUGGUACCAAUGGUUCCGCGGCGGACCACCUGCACGGCAGCAGCCACCAUGGUGGCCACACGCAUCACGGCCUGCACGACGGCUUGGCCGGGGGAGGCGGUGGCGGCGUCAGCGUUUCAUCUGCCAUCACGAGCCUAAUGUCGCCGGGGGGCAUCAACAGCGCCGGCCUCGGUCAUCUGCACCACGGUGCGCCGGACCUCUCCGGGCACCACCACCAUCACCAUCACCACCACCAGCACCACCACACGUCGGCCCUGCACGAGCCACUGGAGAAGCUGAAGCUUUGGGCUGAAACGGGCGACUUCCGGGAGAACAGCCACAGUGCAAUGGCGUCCGUCAGCAGUAUGGAACACACGCAGAUGGGCUUCCAGACUUCGGCGCCUCGCAACCGCAGCUCCCGGGAUAGAAAGAACGACGUGUCCCGCAGCAUCAACGAGGCCUCGGUGAAGACGGAGAACCUGAGCAGCGGCAUGUCGCACGAGGACGGCAGCGGCACGACGCCGGGCACCACGAUCCAGCAGGACGGCACCGACGGCACCAAGAACGACAAGAAGAACAAGCGGCAGCGGCGCCAGCGGACGCACUUCACCUCCCAGCAGCUGCACGAGCUCGAGCAGACGUUCAGCAGGAAUCGCUACCCGGACAUGUCCACGCGGGAAGAGAUCGCCAUGUGGACGAACCUGACGGAGGCUCGCGUGCGGGUGUGGUUCAAGAACCGACGCGCCAAGUGGCGUAAACGGGAGCGCAACCAGAUGAAUGCCAUCGCCGCGGCAGACUUCAAGAACGGGUUCGGGCCGCAGUUCGUACAGCCGUUCGCGGACACCGACACCCUGUACUCGUCCUACUCGUACAACAACUGGGCGAAGGUACCGUCUCCGCUAGGUGCCAAAACGUUCCCGUGGACGGUAAACCCACUCGGCACGUCGAUCGUGUCCUCCAAUCACCACCAGAACUCGAUCAACUGCUUCAACACGUCGGCGUCGUCGGUGGCGGCCGGCAUGGCCGGGACGGGCACGAUGCUGCCGGCCAGCAUGGGCACCGGCCUGACCGGCACCACCGGUGCCACCGGAGUCUCGCCCACGCCCUGCCCCUACACGACGCCAGCGAACCCGUACAUGUACCACCAUCGGGCUACGGCCGAGCCCUGUACGGCGAUGAGCUCCAGCAUCGCGACGCUGCGGCUGAAGGCCAAGCAGCACACUUCCGGUUUCUCCAGCCCGUACUCGGCCCCCUCGCCCGUGUCGCGCUCCAACUCGGCCAGCCUUUCCGCCUGCCAGUACGCCGGCGUCACCGACUCGGUCUGA